CUUCCCUCCUUCCGUCUCUUUCACCGAUGAGCAACAUCUUAACGCGAAUAACGUGAUCAAAAGAGAGAUGAUACGUACUUGGGUAACGGUACUUUGGCAGGCAGGGGGUGAAGCGUCAGGGAACGGAAUUUUACGAAGAUCGCGGUGAUGUGCUUUGAAUUCUUUUAGUAUUUUGUUAUUUUUUUCAACGCGGAAUUCGUUAAUUAUUUUGACGAAUCCAAUGCCCGAUGAUGCAAGUACGCAAGAGGCAACUUGUAUUUCGCAACGUUUAAUAAUCGCAAAUAAAAAUGGAUACUUUUCCAUCUUUCUUAAUCUUACUGAUCGACGACGAUUUCGAAUUUCGUAAAAUUUCAUCGCCUCUCUUAUUUUUUGGGCAGAUGAUUGGGGGGAGGGUCUGAAAGAUACCUCGAAAUGAAUUAGAUAUUUAUUCGCGAUCUAUCAUUUUCCGAGACGUUAUUUCGAAAAAGGUACGAGAAUGAAUUUAGCGACGGACCUUGGAUGUAACGAUGAUAGAAUUCUGUUACUUGGGUUGUUAUCGAAAACGAUGGAUUGUCAGUUGAAAAAUCAAAUGAUACGUGGACGAUAAGCCGACAUAUUUUAGAUAAGCGAAACGCGCAAUUAAAAUGCUUUCUGAAUGAGACUCGUCCGAUUAAGCAACGAUCGCAUAGACUGGUCUGGGUCCCAACACCGUUCCACUUUCUUCCGUAUUUCUCUCUUUCCUCUCUUAUCUUUUACUCUAUCUCUUCCUCCGUUUCUGUCGUUCCGAAAUAAUCUUCGAUCGAUGUGAACCUUCCUUUCCAACCUCUUUCUUUCUUUCUUUCUUUCUUUCGAAACGAUAAAUCAAAAUCAAAAGGAUCGUUUUCUUUUGUCUCUCGUAAGAUAGUACGGUCAGCUUUGUGCAAUUUCUUAUCGAAAUUCUGAUUUUUCACGGCCAACUUGAUUUCGGUAUUAUCUUAUAGAAUCAGUAGUAGUGAAACGAGAAACAAAGAUCUGAAAAUGCUUUUAAACGCGCAUGACGAAGAAUCGGUGAAAUCGUUUAUACGAGAUAAUAUUCCAAAUCUUUUUCAUUCAAUUGCGUUAAACUUAUUCCUAUCGUACGCACAACGAAUACACAUUUCAUAUUUGACUAAUUCCCCGCUAUAUUCCCCGACGAUAGAUCGGUCUGUUAUUUUUACAUACAUCGAACACAUGUCUCGAUAACGUAAUCUGUCUCCACCUCGUGUACGUCCACGAUAACGAACCGGUCAAUUACAUUUGCUUCCAAUUAUUCUUCCCCCUUUGUUUUUUAACGCUUCCAUUCGUAUUUUCGUAAUUUGGGGCGGCCAACUUUUUAUCUAAAAAGGGAAUCGAAUCGGAAUUGUAAUUUAAUCGUAAAAAAAAAAAAAAUAAAGGAAGCACGAUUCUACGGAAAUCUGUCGAUUCUUACGACAAUUUUCCUCGUGUAUCGACCUGGAUACGGACAAUGUUCCACGAAUGUGACGCGACUCGCGAGCCACGAUUCGCGUUACAAACGCGCAAACAUUUUAAAUACUGGCGGCAUACAUGUGCUAAGAUGAAUAACAAGCGAACACAAGAAAGAUUUUAGCGAACGUGAAUCCGGUUGUACCGAUCCGAUGAUGCACUUCGAUCCAUUAUUGACGUGCGUCGCAAGAAUACGCAAAGUGAAACGUUUUAAAUCUUGUUCACUGGUAUUGUUUGCAAAUCGAUUCGAUGAGCCUCUCUUCGCAAUUUUAUAAAUUUUUUUACGACCAUAUAUAUAUACAUAAAAUAUUUCAAAUCGAUCGCGCGUUUCUUUUUCUUUCUUUUUUUUUUUCGACAGAGUGUAUCGAAUAGUAGCUUAUAGCGAUACAAGUACGAGGGCAAUCCAAUCAGGGAAAACAAGGUCGCGGUAACGAUAUUAUCCGCCUCGUGUCACGGAUUGAUAUCGAAUACUAUGGAGGUAAGGCUUCGCCGAAUAGCUUCGAACGUCGUGGACGUAACAGCGUCCAAACGUUAUUUUCGUUUCGACAAAAUUUCAAUAAAUCCCUCCUCCACGGGAUCGAUCGCGAAUUUCUAUAGAAUUAAUUUUUUUACUUAAUCGUAAUCUUGUUGAUCUCGUUCGAGCGAACGAAUAUCGCGAGAAAUUCAAAUUCGAGGUUACGACGUUUCGUUGCGCGAGAAAGUAUUUCAAAUCUCCUCAAGUUUGAAUAAGUUUCCAAGUUUCGCUCGACUCCGAAAUACCGUGUAACAGCGGCUGUCGAUCGGAAUGGAAAGCGGCGAGUGGAGGAUUGCUCUAAUAGAAGAUCCAUUACCUUUAUCGUCGUUUCGAUCCCACCCAACCACUUUGUCGCCUCUCGCCUCGAUUGGGUAACGAUGGAACGAGAGUUCACACGGGAGUGAGAUUUUCUCAGAGAUCGAGCGGCAAUUUCUUAUCGAUAAUUUGGUCAAUUACCAGGUUCGAUAAUGCGUGGCGAGUAAAGGUUCUCGUUUACGAGGGUAAUGGUAUUCCCCCCUCCCCCCUCGGUUGGUACCAGGUGUACCAACCGACGAUUUUAGUCGACUUAUCUCGCUCGGGGGACGCCGAUCGACCGAUCGAGCAGUUGAGCCGAAGAUAGACGCUUGCUCCCCCUUCCCUCCUCUAGCCUAGAAUUCCACGUAUUUUCCCAUCCCAUCGUGGAAAAAAGGAAGAAAGGAGUAAAGAGAGAGAGAGAGAAAAAAGAAAUCGGUCGAUCUCGAUUUAUAAUUCAAAGUUAUUUCUGCUCGGCUCGAUUUAAUGCGAAGGGGGAGUGCGAGAGUUCGAACAACGACCUAACGUCAUCGUUGUUUAAUAGGAAUUUCCAGUAAGGCUGUUUGAAAGAGUACGGCCGCGUAACAAACACAGUAUGAAAGUAACUUAACGCCGUGCGUAUCGCGCGUACUCAUUCUCCCUUCAUGCGCAUAAGCGCACGCAGUUCCAGACUGCACGGGGGAGCGAUUGAAAGAGUGACACGGCCAAACGCAUGCGUUCAGGUUGUAGAUUUCAAUACCGCCGACGAUAACACGUGCAACGGCUUUGCCUCGAGAUCGGCGAAUAUAAAGAGCUCAGUAAAAAGCUUCUCCAUUCAUCGGAUCGUUUGAUCAAAUGGAUUUACAAUCGCGUACGCGCGCAUUCGAAUCUUGCUUCCCGUUUUGUAAUUAUAUAACGACGCUUUGAUGGAAGAAAAGUAUCGGUGAGCCGAUUAGUAAGCUCGGUUCGGCCCUCUCGAUCACGCGUUAGAUUUUAGCGCGAGGAGGAGGAAGAGGAAGCGAGGCGUCGCUCGAUCGUUCUCGGUAUUCGAGUUGUAUCGGCGAUGAUUGACGGCGCGGCAGUCGGCGCCAAACGUCUCGGCCGUCAGAUUGAGUUUCGAGCCCGAGGCAGACGCGAGAGGCGGUCCUCCCGCCACGGUGCGCGCUCGAUGCUACCAGCGCUACCAGCUACCCGGUGUGCAACGCGCUGCCUCCAGAUAUUUCUACGUCCCGCGUUCGUUACGGGGCGUAUACAACGUCGAAUCGGUGUAAGGUAACGCGGCUAAUCCUUCGAAAUUACGCGCGCGUUUCCAACAGCUGCAGGAAGACUACUACUACUAGCGUAACCAUCGGGUACGAGUCGCUCUUAUUUCUUCCACGGAUCGCCCGAUCCUCUGCUUACCUCGCGUUUACCUCACCGCCCGUAUUCUUCGAUAAGUACUUCUUUUCUUCCCCCCCUGCAUUUCCAUUUCCGUGCUGUUCGUCGUGCGCCAUCAUUGCAGAUACACGUGCACCUCGGUGCUUCGAAACGGUGCAAUUUCGACGGCCCUCCUUUCAAAGUAUCGCAGUUGAACUCGAGUUGAAAAAGAAGGUAUGGGAUCGUUAGAAGAGAUAACUCGAGUUUCGAAGAUUGUAGAUUGUACGAAGAGGAGCGAAAGCGAGACGUGAACCGAUCGAUCCAUUCGGGCAGGAAUCGGCAGACGGGAGAAAAGAAGAGCGAAGCGGCCAGCCCCCCUCUCCCUCCUCCCUGCGCUCGCAAACACGAUACGGUUUUCUGGUUUAACAACGUCAUCGAGGAUCCACGUUGAUGGAUCUGGGGCGAUACGGGGGGCGGAAACCGCGGGCAAACGACGCGCGACGUACGAUUUCGCCUAUCUUUCUAUUUUUUCCCCCCUUGUUAUUAGCCCGAAAGGGGAAAGGCGAGCCAAAACGCGACCAUUUGUGACGGUCGUUAACCGAACGCCGAGGCCGCAUCCAGAUCGGGCUAUUGCACUUUUAAUGUCGCCUCCCUGGGAAAUAUCCAAGAUUUGGCCGCAAAGAAGCAUAUGGAGAAGCUGGGGCGCGCGUUCGUAUAAAGUAUAAAGGAUGUGUAGGGGGAGGGGGAGAGAGAGAGAGGGCGUUUAGGUUCGCACGCACGGCCGUGCGCUGCGUUCCCACCCUCGCGAAAUAAUGGGGACCGUUCGUUCGCCUUUUCUGCCCACGCGCCCGCGUGGCAGGACUCAUUGUUCUCCGAUAGACGACAGGGAAAUACGUAAAGCACUUCUCGCGAUCGAUUAUGCGACACCCUUUCCUCCACGUGUCGUGGAACGGCUCGUCUGCCACCGACGUAAAAAAACUUUACCACCGGUUCGUUCGAUCGCUUCUCUACCACCACCACCACCACUACUACUACUUUGUAUUUCUCUACCGAUUCUUCCUGCUCUCCCAUCGAUUUCGAAACCAGCCGACCGUUCCUUCGACCAAACUUCGAACUUCGCGUUUAGCUUCGAUCGCGAGAAAAAUCGCGUGACCGUAUUAUUAUUAAUUAUUAGUAAUUCCGAAGUUUACGAUACCAACGCUUUUCUAUACGCUCUUCUAUUUUUUAACGUGCUGUCUAAUCUAUUUGCGAAUAUAAAAUAAUUUUUUUUUCACAUAUCCACGCAAAUUCGCGAUAAAAAUAAUUCUAGUUGUUAAUUUAACAAACCUGAUUACGGUUGGAAUCACGUUCUUUUGUAACAUACCGAUUAUACGAUUAUUGAAAAUUUUGCUUAAAUAAAUGGAUACGCAAGCGUGAGAAGUUUUGAAAACAUUGAUACGGAGUCCUUUGAAAAAAUCCGCUAUGAAUAAACGAAAGGAAUUAUAGAGAGAUUUAGAUUAAACGUGAAAAUUAGCGAUUCUUAUAAAAUCGGAUCAAAGUAUUACGUAUCCUCGACGAAUCGUUUGGUUAUAUUUUUCAAGUAUUAAUAAGUGAGAUAAUAUUUGCCCAAUUUUUCUAAUUAUAGAAUUAUUUUCAACGGAGACACAUUCUUAUCAAAAAAAACAAUUUAAAAGUUUGUUUUAUUGUACGUAUUAAUGGAUCGUAUUCAAGUUUAAAGUUUAAAGAUAAAGCUUCGUAUUCGAUGAUUGAACACGUCCGAUUCGUUUUCAAUUCGUUCGAAAUAUAUUUAAAAACACCUCGUAUCUUUUUAUAAAUGGGAAAGGGAAAAUUUCUCGAAACGAAAUAUUUUAAUACGCACGAAAUUGCGUAAUUAUACGCGUGGAAAAUUACAUUUUAUACAUUUUAUUAUAUCCUGUAUGCGGAGGAUAUAUCGCGUAUAAUAUAAUAAAUUAUCUUGCUGCCAGUGUAUCGUGAUCUACAGACACGCCUCGCAUCUUUAAUAACCGAUUGAUGAACCGUGUUACUUCCAGGAAGGGAUACGUGGACCGAUUCGACGGAUUCCUUUCUUCGUCUUCUUUCUUCGUCGUCAAAUCGUUUCAUUACCGACCGUUUUGCAACAACAGCGAUCCGUCAUGUUGAGAUCUCGUAUUUUCACAUGGAUAAAAUAUUUUCUAUACGUGCGUAUACACGCGUAAUCGGUUGACUCUGAUAAAUCAUUGAAAGGGGGGAGGACAUAGCGAUACGAAAUUUCUGUACGCGCGAUACACGCGUAAAGAGGACGGAAGGAAGACGAGUAGUAAUUGGCAGGCGCGGUGGUUCAAUUAAAAAGUCAAUCAGCCCGUUCCAUGAUUGGACGAGAGGGAGAGACCGGGAGAAAGAAGAGCCGGAAGAGGGACUACCUCUCGUUAAUAAAUUCAAUAACCGGUGUGAUUUACAAAUAGUAUCGUAUCGAGGUAGAAAAUUACAUGCUCUUGUACCGAGACAUUUAUAACUAAAUACGUUCUCUUUUUUCUCUCUUCUUCUUCUUCUUCUUCUUUUUGUUUGUUCGAGUUUUAUGAGAGGGGAAAAGUAUCAAAUUAAUUAAAUCGUAAUCGUAUCUCGUUACGAGAUCACUUUCGCGUUUCGAAAACAUCCUUACGCCUUUUCGAAAAUCUGCACGAAUCCACUCGUAUCGAUCGAGCGUUUCAUACAUGUAGCGUUAUUGCCUCGAUAUCAAUGUUUCGUAAAGAUAUCUCAAUUAAGGAUAGGCCGUGUCUAGGAAAGGUGGUCGUAAAGAUAAAUUUAUGCGUAAAAUGAAAUAGGGCCAGCUACGAAUCCUUUAUCGGUGUCAGGAAACGUAUAGGUUCGUUUAAGCUAGAUAAAAAGUCGAUGAUGAGCAUAAUUUCGGUUGGAAGAAUAACGAGCUAGACCAAUCGUAAAAAGAUUUUGGAUGGUGAAGGUUGGUACGUAGCCCGGUGUUCGAAACAGGCCGGUAUAAUCUUGGAGAGACAGCUGUUUCCCCCGAAACGGCGUAAAUCUCUUUUUCUCCGGUGGUCGGUAUCGUUAAUGAUCGUGUAAAUCACAAUGAACGGCCAAGUAGCACGAACGGGACGGGGAUCCACUCGAUGAAUCGACUACCACCAUGCAUGCCAACCUUCUAUAAGGGUAGAGGACAGGACAUGAAAGUCGGCCCCCAUAUCCUCGUUACUAUGCCUGACGUCACUGGGAUCUCUGGACCCUCUAACGAGUGUCUUGUGCAGCGACUGCCCUGCCACCAAUUAAUUUUUAUGUCGUGAAAGUUUAAUGGGAUGCCACAACAGUGAUGACAGCCACGUCGAACGUGAAACGAGAAGGUUACCACAGCUUGCCGUUUUAGCGAAGAUUUUGUGCCUCCUGAUGGUGGUGAUGUGCGGGGCGGUGCCGGCAAUGGUGCGCUCCGUGAGUCUCUACUCGACUUGCAGCAGCGGCAAUGUUACCGUGAUGGGCCGUUUGAUCAAGGCCGUGGAACGCACCGAUCACAAUGCCCCUUACCAAAAACUUACGACCCAGUCCGAGGACUUCAGUAAAAUGUUGUACAUCUUCGCUGAGAAGAGCCAGCGAUACAUCUGCUUCAACAAGAAAUGGAAACUCGUCGGCCUGCUUAAGAAGCAAAAGGGUUAUUGUCAGUUCUACGAGGAGUACAACGGCUCGUAUCUGACGUACAGAAACGUGAAUAAUUCGCGGUAUCUCGGGUUCAACAAGUCCGGGUACCCGAUCAAGAAUCGCGGUCGGCAGGAGUGCUUCAAUUUCAUCAAGUACAAUCCCCACGCGGACAUAAAUCACCACAACAGCCUGGUGAACGCGGACAUGGGUGGUAUGGGGCCGAGGGAUCCGUACGUGGUGUCGAGGAAGCCGUCGCCCGCGAGGGACACGAAGAACUCCCUGUUACAGGCGGACAGCACGAGGGAGACGAUCCACACGACGCAUCAUUAUCGGCACUCGAAUCGUUGGAAGAUGCGCCAAGCCGAGAAGAUGUCCGCACCGCGAAGAUGGCACGAGAGCCGUCUCUUCGUCGAGGCCAACAAGUAUUGAGCCGCGCACUGGCUCGCCGAUCAAGACUGCCUCAUCUACAUCCGUGAGAACCUGAGAUCAGACUGCCAAAUACGCUGGUGGAACGUACGGUCGAGAUGUCAGGAACCCACUAACGCGGCACCACGUGAAACGCGGCUCGAAGCACGCGCCUCGAUUGAUCGCAACGAACAAAAGCUGGCUGGCUCGCCUCGUGUCUCCUGCUCGCUUGGGUACACGCGCACACACACACACACACACGUAUACACAAAAAUACACGGAUACACACACGACCAACCGCAUCUCGCUAUACGGACGACAAGCAACAACGAAAAUUCUACGUUCGCUCGAGGACGUAGAAACGGAGCGUACCGAGUUGCAGGAAGACAGUCUUGUUGGCUAGAGCUUUCGUUACGCGUCGUUAAAUUCCAUUUCACACUUGCCCCCGACUGAAUCCUUUCAGGCAAGUAUGCACGAUAUAUCCAUAAUUUCCCUUUCGUUCCAUCGCUAAAUUUUUGAUACUAUUAGUUGGAGGGUGGUCGAUUAACGAACUUACCCGUACUACUCGUUUCUUAUUUCAUUGUUUCACCGAUUAUCUCUCUCGAUCGUUCUCGUUGUCUCGUUUCCCAAAAAAAAAAAAAAAAAAAGAAGAAAAAAAAUCCAGAAAAGUUAGUUCCCGUAUCUACGAGAUAAAAUAAAAUAAAAUAAAAUAAAAUAAAAUAAAAUAAUAUAAAAUAAAAUAAAAUAGAAAAAAAACCGACAGAGGAGAAAGUAGGGAAAAUAUUCCGUGAGAAUUCGCGUAUUCGUUUAGGAUCCAGUUUAGGGGAUCGAUUUUAGCGAUGGAAGAAUAUUAAGUACGUUUGUUGCGCGCGAUCGGCCUAAAUCGUUGCGCAAUCGGACAGCUAUCGUGCUUCAAGCGCUGUCACAGACCGCAAUUCACGCGCGGAGAGAUGCACGAACCAAAGUAUUUCGCGCAAUUCCCUAUGGAAAUAUUCCCUUUUAUUCUCAAAUUGAUCUCGAAGUUGAGCAAAUUGACCGCGCGUUAAUCGGACUCGAUCGAAAGGAGGGAGAGUUGAUUUAGUCGUACGUAGAUAUCGAUAGAUAAACAGAAUUUAGCGCAGCUAUAGUUACGUUACAUUUUCGAAAGAAAAAAGGAAAGGAAGGAAGGAAGGAAGGAAGGAAGGAAAUAUUUCCGAGGAUUAGGGGAGCGCUGAAAAGGUGUAACUCUCCGGCGUGGUCGCGCAGUAGAGCUCACGCUGCGCAAGACUCUCUCGCUCGCUGUGCUAAUUACGCCGCCUAAUGUAGCGUGCGUGCGUGCAUGCGUGCCUGCCUGCCUGCCUGCGUGUAUGAUAAUAUUAUGUGUGCGUGCGUGCGUGCGUGCCUGCCUGCUCGCGACGUACACGCAGUUCUCACCGUGUCACGUUCAUGUCGAAGCUCCGCCACGCGGUCGAAAUCUUCGAUUCGCUAUUUUAUCAACGGCUGCUCCAUUCGUCUAAGCAAUUUUUUACUAUUUUAUUCUUAAUCGAUAUUAUUUAUACAUAUAUACGUGUAUAUAUACAUUUAUAUAUACACAUAUAUUAGAGAGACAGAGAGAGAGAGAGAGAGAGAGAGAGAGAGAGAGAGAGAGAGAAAAGGGAAAAAAGGAAAAAAAUACGCACGUGCGUGAAAGUCGAUUACUCCGAACGCACAUACAUAUUACGCAAACGGAAUUUAUUGAGACAGAGAAUCGGUAUGCAUACGCUAUUUCUCAGGAAUGCGAUAGCGUGUGAUAUAUAUAUUUUUCGUAAAUUUAUUCCUGGACGAUGUUUAGACAAACGGACGAAUAAAUAACAGGAUCUCUGAAUAUUUUGUACGACAUGUAUUUGAAAUACGAUUCGCUUUCGGGCGGUGUAAUUCACACAGAAAUCUAUAUUUUUCGGAUAUGGAAUGAGAGUGAGAUAUAUUAUUGAGAGAGUAUCGGCUUAAACUGCGUGUUCGUGUACGAGCUUAAAAGUAUUUGUGUGCAUUUUUUGCGUGCGUACGUAUAUUUGCCUCUGAACGCGUGUGACUGCGUGUAAUAUAUUAUAUAUUACGACCGUUAAUGAAGUUAAUCCUUAGGACGCUACUGCAGACUGUAUUACUAGGUUAGGUACACGAUAUACGACGUAACGGCGACUCAACGAAAAGGAUCAGUGGUACGUUCCUCGGCCUCGCGUAUAAUAAUUAUACACGUUUCGUGCGAAUUUACAUCCGACACGCGACACGCGUAUUUCCGAUCGAUGAAAUCGCGUACGUCGCGUGCGUGAAAAGAAAAGAGAAAGAGAGAAAAAAGGUACCGAGUACCAUCCCUGAUUCCUUCGUUUUCGCAGAUUCGCCACGUAAGGGCCGCUUGCCCCUUUCUCCCAAAAAAACAACUCGUGCCCUAGGUAGCUUAUUUAUUGAAAUCAUGUUUAGAUACUACGAAAAAACCAAACCGCCCGAGAACAUCUUUUCCUCCUAUAUAUGUACGGAAAUGUGCGCUGCUCUCUUUAUUAUUAUUUUACUUAUUCGUUAUCUUUUCGUUUUUCAUUAAUCCUCCUUGAUUUUUUUUUUUUUCGUAAUUCUUCUUCCAACGAGACGACGAAUUUUACUCGUUGCUCCACUUCUAGAAGAAUUUCAUUUUUCUUCUUCUUCUUCUUCUUCUUCUUUUCCUUCCUCCUUUUUCUUUGAUUGAACGUGAAACGCGCGUUUCGAGAAAAUUUUCGUUUCAUUCGAUUAAAUACUAAAUAUUUCCAUUCAUUAUUCGCGAUAACUCGUAUAUUCCGUCGUCAUUCUCAUAUAGUUGUACUUACUUUCCUUCUCACCCUCUCCUCUUUUAUCGUUAUCAAUCCUAAAUCCGAAAAAUACUCAAUACCUGAUUAGUUAAUUUCGUUUUUCGUACGAGUGGCAGUGCGUAGAGACCCUAUUUUCGCCCUGAACGGUGUUUGUACGUGUCGCUAAAAAAAGAAAAAAAAGAAAAAAAAAGUAGACGGCAAAUUGUUCGUAGAAGCGCCACACGUCCGUCUGAUGAAUCAUGGCGGAUAAACGCGAAAGAAAUCAUUUCUCUUCGAUUCGCGUUCCUCUCAAUAUUAUUAUUAUUAUUAUUAAUACUUUUUUUUUUGACAAGCACCAGGAUCAUUCCGUUGACGUGCGCUCUAAUUUCUAAUAUCAUUUCGUUAUUUCGAAAAAGAGGAAAGAAAAAACGAUCAAAGUUAUUCGGAAUAGUUAUUUUUAGGUUUUUUUUUUUUUUAUUUUCGUUUACUGUCGCAACACUUCGUCUAUCGGCGCGUGGCGUAUGCAGGCUAAGUACGAAUAAAAAUUUCGCGCGCGAAACACAAAUAAAAAAUGCAAGCAAUCGACGAUUAGAAGAAAGAAAGAAAGAAAGAAAGAAAGAAAAAAUAUCGUAUCGUAACAAUUAAAAAAAUUAACUCGUUUCGUGUAUGUGUAAACGUAACAUCGAGUCGUGAAUUGCAGCGACGUUUGCAGUAACAGGAAAAGCGGGAAACACCGAAUAAUUCGAUCGAUUUCUUCUAUUCUCGACGAGUAGAAGAAAAAAAAGAGACGAACAUCGAGAAAAAGAAAGAAAGGAAGAAAUAAAUUAGAUAAAUAACGCGCAGCGAUUCUCGACCAGCGUUCCUUAGAAUCAUCGGUUUGCUCGAUGUCAAGUCACUUGGCGUUUAGUUUUUUAUAUUCAACGAAACACAAUUCACAUUUUUUCUACGAUCAUAUUCGAUAUUUCGAAGCGGUACGAGUAUAUAUAUAUAUAUAGUUGCGUUUAGCAUUUUACGAGAAGCAAUUUUUGAGAAGCAAGUGUAGUUGUAUUUUUAAUAAUACGCGAUAAUAGCACAAAAAAAAAAGAAAAAAAAACAUUCGUCGAAUUCCACUGUCGUUGACGCGUGCCUUGACUUCGAGCACGAUAAAACGAUUAUCGAACAAAAUUCCUUCUCCUUUGUUUUUUUUUUUUUUUUUUUUACUUUCUCACAAUCGAUAAACGCGAACGGCAAGAAGGAAAGAAGCGAAUGAAACGCAAGAGACGAAUCUGACUAUCCUAUAGAUAGAUAGUAUAUAUAUGUAUAAUGAAAAAAAAGGUAAAGUACAUAUAUAUACAUAUAUAUAUAUAUAUAAAUAUAUAAAUAUAAAUAAAAUAUAAAUAUAUACGGAAGAUGAUGUGUAUUGUAAGAUAUUUAAUACCGACUUGUCUUAAGCACACCACACGAUGAUCGAUUGCGAUGAAACGACGAUAAUAAUUAUUACGAUGAUUGUUGUAUAACGAACGACGACGACGAUGAUGAUGAUGAUGAUAAUGUUAUUCUACAUUGUAAUUCGCGUUGUAAUAUAGAGGCCCACCUGUUACCCACUAAAUCGAUGUGUCGAUGUAUCCCGGACGUGCUUCGUUCGUACACGCGUCGAGGGAAAUCGGGAAUUGCGUUUCCAUGAACGAGGGAGGAACGUUGGACAUCGGCCAGUGAGUCAGAACUUUCUGAUUUUUCUAUGAGAAACACCGAACGAGCCGUUAUCUGGUCGAUGUCCAACGACCUUUGUCAACCGAGUUAAACGAAAUCGUUUACGAUUCUCAGUAUUAAUCGUAUCGAGAAAUGUUGGUUCCGUUUGUGAAGCUCGUUACUACGAGUGCAGCACGCCCGGAGCAACUAGCAAUAAUAUAACAUUCCAACUUAAAUCGCAUACGUACUGCGAAUUCUAAUAAUGUGUGCCGCCGUACGAGAGAGAAAAAAAACACUGUCAAAUACACGCUCAUACACUGCUA